CAAGGAAAUCCUUCAGUGGAAGAAUGGUGAGAAAAUACAAGCUAUUUCCAGAAGCAUCCCUGGUCCAGUUGCCUCCAAAAGAUUUUUGUCAACAAUCCAAGUUUGUGCUGUUACCAUGUCCUCCUCAUAGGAUAGCACCAUUGUGGGAUCAAGGUCACCCAUCCAGGGCUGAGCAGGGAUUACUCAAACAACAGGCCCCAACCACCAGAUCAUCACCCCUACCUUACCGGAGAGCUGCAUCUGCACAGUUAGCCUGCCCCAGUGAACACCAGUGCCACCUCCACCACCACCUUUACCACAGAUCAACAGCAAUACCAUUAUCUGAUUUAAAGAAUUACAAACCAUCUUCAUGCCCUAAACAAAAUUCUAGUGCCUCAGUAUCACAUUUACCUUGCUCUUAUUUCAAGGCAAGGUCAGAUGCCAUAGCUGCUAAAUCUUCUGAUUCUGAAACUCUUCUGGACCCUGAUCACAAUCCUAAGGAUUCACUGAACCCUUGUUUUUGGGCACAGACUCCUUCAGUCAUUGGCUACAUUCCCAAGAUUUUAAACAGCCAUGGCCAUUCAGGGCUAUCAUACUUCAGCCAUCAGCUUCCACCUUCAUUUCUGUCUCUCCCCUUACACCUAUGUCCAUCAUCAUCAUCUAUGUCUUCACCACCUAAAUCUUCUCCACCACUACAACCAUCAUCCCCCCCAAAGCAGUCUCAGUCUCGGCUUCAGCCCCAACCUCAGUCUCCACCUUUAUGUUUUCAUUUACCUUUGCCUCAACCUGUACCUUCAAAGCCACCUCCAUCUUUCACUGAUCGGAGGAUCAAGAAACAGGCUAAACUUCCUGCUCAUGUAGAACGUAGGGCCAAGACAGCAUCUUUAAUAACCGCAUUGCGCCCAGUUUGUCCCCAAAGUGCCUCAGUUGUGAGAGGAAGCCACCCUAAUAAUCAAGCUAAAACCCCACCACUUCAAGGGCAUCAAACGAAGACUUCUGCCCUUGUAGGAUGUCUCCACCUACAACAUAAAGGCAGGAUUUUGUCACCUUCACCUGAACAUCAUUCUAGGCUCAAAGCUUUGAAAACAACCAACUUGUCCAAGAACAAAACUUCCAAGGCAUAACAUCCUGACCCUUUUCCUGAGGAUACAGCUACAAUGUUAGGAUUCUUAGACCAUACUCAUGGGCUUCAAAAUCAGACACAAGUGACAAAGAUGCAUAGAAGAGCAACCGCUUCAUGCUUCAUCACUGCAUCUUCGUUACUUCACAAAUACUCUACCAGGGUCACAAAUGCAUGUGCACCAUACUCCAUCUACUGUGUUCUAGAUAGGCACAGGUCAUCUAAUCAUCUUACCAUCAGGCUAGAGCAGCAGCUAUACCAUCACCAGACUGAACCAUGGAACCUUUAAUUAUUAGUAUCCAUGCCUGGAAUAUGGGGCCAAGGUUAACUUGACACUUUUCAUAGUUUCAACUCGUAAUGGUUAAGGCUCCAUUAUGGCCUGAUUAUAAUGCCAGCUAUGAAACUGAGCCAUAACAAUACCCUGAUCACCAAGUUGUACCUCAACUAGUCCUGGCCAUUGAACUGAAGUUUUCAUGGAGUUCAACCACCAAACCCUAAUAAUAUCAAUAGACUCGGGCAUUUGGCUAGAAGCAAUUGCAGUCUCAAAAGCCCAAGCCAUAACAUUAACCGAGUCUAAAUAGGAUUUUGAGUAAUGCAAGGCUUUGCUGAAUCUAGAUAACAGGUCAAGGGACCCGAUAAUUUGAUAUUACUCUAUUAAUUUUAUCAACAUAACUCAUUUGGACAUAGGCCAAAAAACUGAGCUUGCUCUGGACACUAAAAAUUGAGACCAUAUAAAAAAUGGGGCUGGGAAGUGGGGCAAAAAAAUCCCUUUUGUUUUGGUGACUGGAACUGUCCUUUCAUUGAGUCCCCCACAUUAGAUUCAGACUGAUUGGGACAGUGACUCAGGCCAUAUCUCUAUGAGACCUGGAUGAACUGGAGAGGCUAUAUAGAGUCCCAAUUGCCAGGGUACAGUGAUACAGUGCCAGCACUGCCAUGCCACACACCUUUACUAGGUCCUAAAUAUUUGGACAAAUUGCCACCAGAAUUAGGCCAGCAAGCUGAGAGUACUCAGGAUUCUGUCUUCUGGAUGUUGCCUCCACUAGAUCCUGAGCAUCAAGUUAAAGAGUCCUUUGAACUACCAAUUCCCAGAAUGCAGAUUCACUGGACCUGGAUUACUGGAACAAGGCUGCAUAGGGUCAUUCAGGCCACAAAGCUCUGCCCUUCCCAGGCCAAGAUUUAAAUAAAGACCAUGCCUACCACAAAGUGUUCUGCACAGCUGACAGAUAUUUCUCCAGGCUUAGAUGUACU